GGUGCUUCCAGGUUGUUGAGGGCGGAGGGCGGUGGCAGCGCUGGCGCUGGGGACCGGCUUGGUGGCUUCUGGAAACAGUUCGGUGCCGGCGCCCGUCCGCGUUUCUCUGCAUCCUGCCCUCCUCACGGCUUGCAGCCCCCUAGCCACCGGCGUCCGGCGAUGUAUUCCACCCGCCGGGCGUAGCAGCUGCGCGUGCGCGGAACCGUGGGGCCAUGAGCGAAGCCGGCGGAGGCUGGGGCUGCGGGUCUCCGGUCCCCCAGCGACCGCCAUGGAGCUUGGUGGCGGCGACGGCCGCGCUCUGCCUGGUAUCGGCCACGUCCGUGUGGACGGCGGGGACCGCGCCCAUGAGUAGGGAGGAGAAACAGAAGCUUGGGAAUCAAGUACUGGAAAUGUUUGAUCAUGCUUAUGGUAACUAUAUGGAUCAUGCUUACCCAGCUGAUGAACUCAUGCCCUUAACCUGUAGAGGUCGUGUUCGAGGCCAGGAGCCAAGUCGGGGUGAUGUUGAUGAUGUCUUGGGAAAAUUUUCCCUGACACUGAUUGAUUCAUUGGAUACUCUUGUGGUAUUAAAUAAAACUAAAGAAUUUGAAGAUGCGGUGAGAAAAGUUUUAAGAGAUGUUAAUUUAGAUAAUGAUGUAGUUGUAUCAGUCUUUGAAACAAACAUCCGAGUUCUUGGGGGCCUUUUGGGUGGACAUUCAUUGGCAAUCAUGCUGAAAGAAAAAGGCGAGUACAUGCAGUGGUACAAUGAUGAACUUCUCCAAAUGGCAAAGCAAUUGGGUUACAAACUAUUGCCAGCUUUCAAUACUACCAGUGGCCUUCCUUAUCCAAGAAUUAAUUUAAAGUUUGGCAUCAGAAAACCAGAAGCUCGGACAGGAACUGAGACAGAUACCUGUACAGCUUGUGCAGGUACCUUGAUCCUUGAGUUUGCUGCUUUAAGUCGAUUCACAGGAGCAACAAUAUUUGAGGAAUAUGCAAGAAAAGCUCUUGAUUUUCUCUGGGAAAAAAGGCAGCGAAGUAGUAAUUUAGUGGGUGUGACUAUUAAUAUUCAUACUGGAGAUUGGGUACGCAAAGAUAGUGGAGUUGGAGCAGGGAUUGAUUCAUAUUAUGAAUAUCUUUUGAAAGCCUAUGUCUUGCUUGGAGAUGACAGUUUUCUGGAAAGAUUUAAUACACACUAUGAUGCCAUAAUGAGGUACAUUAGCCAGCCACCUCUUUUACUUGAUGUGCAUAUCCACAAACCAAUGCUAAAUGCUCGGACUUGGAUGGAUGCUUUGCUUGCCUUUUUUCCCGGUUUACAGGUUUUAAAGGGGGAUAUUAGACCUGCUAUUGAAACUCAUGAAAUGUUAUAUCAGGUGAUAAAAAAACACAAUUUUCUACCAGAGGCAUUUACAGCGGAUUUCAGGGUACACUGGGCCCAACAUCCUUUAAGGCCAGAAUUUGCAGAAAGUACCUACUUCUUAUAUAAAGCUACAGGAGAUCCUUACUACCUUGAAGUAGGGAAAACACUUAUUGAAAAUUUAAAUAAAUAUGCUAGAGUGCCUUGCGGAUUUGCUGCCAUGAAGGAUGUUCGUACUGGAAGUCAUGAGGACAGAAUGGAUUCUUUCUUCUUGGCUGAAAUGUUUAAAUAUCUUUACCUGUUAUUUGUGGAUAAAGAAGACAUUAUUUUUGACAUAGAGGAUUACAUCUUUACAACAGAAGCCCAUCUUUUACCACUUUGGCUCUCAACUACAAAUCAAAAUACGUCUAAGAAGAACACAACUUCAGAUUAUACGGAAUUGGAUGACAGUAAUUUUGAUUGGACUUGUCCAAAUACUCAGAUUCUCUUCCCUAAUGACCCAUUGUAUGCUCAGAGCAUUCGUGAACCCUUGAAAAAUGUGGUGGAUAAGAGCUGUCCUAGAGGCAUCAUCAGAGUCAGAGAGGAGAGUUUCAGGAGUGGAGCUAAACCCCCUCUGAGAGCCAGAGAUUUUAUGGCCACUAACCCUGAGCAUUUAGAAAUUUUGAAGAAGAUGGGGGUGAGUUUGAUUCACCUCAAAGAUGGGAGAGUCCAGUUGGUCCAACAUGCAAUCCAAGCUGCAAGUUCAAUUGAUGCUGAAGAUGGAUUGAGGUUCAUGCAGGAGAUGAUUGAAUUGUCAAGUCAGCAACAAAAAGAACAGCAGCUCCCUCCUCGAGCUGUACAAAUUGUUUCCCACCCAUUUUUUGGCAGGGUAGUAUUGACUGCUGGACCAGCUCAGUUUGGUUUGGAUCUGUCUAAACAUAAAGAGACAAGAGGAUUUGUUGCAAGUAGUAAACCAUACAGUGGUUGUUCAGAGCUUACCAACCCUGAGGCAGUGAUGGGGAAAAUCGCUUUGAUACAAAGAGGACAGUGCAUGUUUGCAGAAAAGGCACGCAACAUCCAGAAUGCCGGAGCCAUUGGCGGCAUUGUUAUUGAUGACAAUGAGGGGAGCAGCAGUGAUACUGCCCCUCUGUUCCAGAUGGCAGGUGAUGGAAAGGACACGGAUGACAUCAAGAUCCCCAUGCUAUUUUUAUUCAGCAAAGAAGGAAGUAUCAUACUGGAUGCCAUCCGUGAAUAUGAAGAGGUGGAAGUGCUCCUUUCUGAUAAAGCAAAAGAUCGAGAUCCUGAAAUGGAAAAUGAAGAGCAACCACCCCCUGAAAAUGAUUCUCAGAAUCAGAGUGCUGAACAGAUUACAUCAGGUUCUCAGGACGUUGAUUUGGUUGACCAGGAGUCUCCUGAGGAAAGUUCUCUAAACUCUCACCCAGAAUCAUUAUCUCUAGCAGAUAUGGACAACGCUGCAAGCAUUUCUCCUUCCGAACAGAAUUGUAAUCCCACAGAAAACCAUGAGACUACAAGUCUUGAUGGUGAAUGUACAGAUUUGGAUAACCAACUUCAAGAACAAUCAGAAACUGAGGAAGAUUCCAAUCCUAAUGUUAGCUGGGGUAAAAAGGUCCAGCCUAUAGACUCCAUAUUAGCAGACUGGAAUGAAGAUAUAGAAGCAUUUGAAAUGAUGGAGAAAGAUGAACUAUGACUCUUUAAAGAAUUUGGUGGUAGGUAUUUAAAAAGAAAAGGUAAACUGUGGUUAAUAGACACCCUAAUUCCUCAGCAGGCUCUCUAAUGGGAAUAUGGUGAUGGGCAACCUCGUUCUGACUGGGAUAGGCAUCAUCAGAAUCCAGAGCAUGCUGUGUUAGAAUUGACCUUGUUUAAAACUGUCCUAUCAGAAAUGGAAACUCACGGUUCCCCCCCUCAAUUGGCAGCAUUGCACCACCCUGCAAUACCUCAGGCUAGGAGACAUUGUCGGGCAUUCCUGAGAGCUAUGUUGCUAUAAUCUCUUGAUAGACAAGAAACAAAUGCAGUUAAUAGUGGAGUGGGAAAUAGAAAUUUAUAAAGCCUUCUAGAUAGAGGAAGGUCAGCUUUCUUGAUUUGGGGGUUAGAGGCAAUCUUGGGAAGACACAUGAGUGUUGUGGGCAUGCUGGUUAUGCUGCCUUCACAAAAACAGUCUGAAGUGCCCUCAGUGGUCACGAAGCAAAAGCAUUCUUGGUGAAAGCAGUCUUUGCUCAUCACUUUCAUUUACUUCAUUCAGUGACAAAUGAUCAAGGUGGAUUGGUUUUUCCCCCCUUCACAGUGUCCUUUUCCUUUAAACCAAAGGUGAAGCCAUUGUACUUUCUCAGUGAGCUCUCUGCGUAAAAACUAAAUCAGUGGGACUAGGUAAAAAGGUCAUAUAUAUUGUGGAAAUUGGUUACUUAAUGCUAUGGAGCAAGGGAGAAAUUAUAAUGUUGCAAUAUGAACUUCCCAUUGGGCCUUCCAUAGGGAAAACUAUGACUACUCUGAAAUGGAACUUUGUGUUAUAUCCUUGUAGGGUAUUUUAUAAAGCUUUUUCAAUUCAUUUCUCUUAGAGGAGGUUAUCUCUAGCCAUCAGCCUUACUCCAUCCCAUGUUUAGUAUGCAAUUUGAGCCACAAGGCCUGUAUCGCCAACAGCUGAAUACAUUUUGUUCUGCUUUUCUAUGUUUUGGAGCCAUGAUAAAACUGAUAGUGGUCUAAAAAUCCUGGGGGCGACUACUAUUUUUUCUCCUUUGAAACUUGGUUUCUAAAGUUGUACCUAAGGAGUCUGUCACAUUUUCUGUUGAAUCAUGGUUUUUAGGUUUGCCUUUUUAAAAAAAAAAAAAAAAUAUUCCUUCUGAUAUGAACCUGAAAAGUAGUCUCUAGUGACCUGUGUAAAAAGCUUAUACCAUUGCAAUUAACGUAUAGCUUAAUGACAAGUUCUUUCUUUCUUUCUUUCUUUCUUUUUUUUUUUUUUUUUGGUGACAGUCUGGUGCUGGCCACGUUUAAGUUUAAAAAACUGUUGAUAUCUGUUAACAGCCCUGUAGUUGAAAUCAUGGCUUUAGUCAUUUUAUUUAUUAAUUUUUAAAAAACUUAUCUGAAUCACUUCUAAAAGAAUAUUUGAGAGACUUACUUCCUUUCUCUUUACCAUUACAUUACAUAAUAACCUUUUCUUAAAAUACAGUUUUGAGGUACUGAUGAACUUAAAUUGUAUAUGGAGCUGACAAAAGAACAGCAGUGCUGUAUUAUAGUUAUGUAUAUUCAUGUACAGUAUGUCUUAGAUCCCAGGUAAACAUAUGCUUUUAUAAGGGGAUGAAUAGCUGCUUUCAAAACUUCCAGCUAAACAUAAUUGGGUCAGUGAAUAAUAAAUCUAAUGGAAAAUUCACUUUGGGGUUAAAAAAAAAAAAAAAAGAAUAGUAGUACACAACAUUUUUAUCGGCCCUUAAUUAAACCUAA